AUGAUCGAUCCAUCAACAGGCGACCUCGAACUGGCGGCAUUCUACGCGCUGAACCCACCGUUGGGGAUCGCACCGAGCCACGCCGAGGAGGCGCGGGCUGUUCUCGAGCGAGUCACCGCCGCUACUGAGGACGGUGGCUUUACGCUCUGCUGGUCACUGGCGGUGUCCGAUGAAAGGAUUCUUAGGCCAGAACUGGUGUUUUGGUGUCUACAGGUGCUGCUUUCCACGAGACAACGACUGAGUUUGCAGCAAGUGCUUGCGCUUUCACGCUCACCGCAGACCAGCGGGCACGCGCCUGGCUAUGUGAAGAACAAAGCUGCACAGCUGAUCGCAGAGCUUGUUGUAGAGCGAUAUCCGCUGAACUGGCCGAAUGCUGUCGUUGAUUUAUUGCAAGCAUUAGAUGCGGAUGCCAUGUUGCGUUUCUUACGGGCACUUCAUGAACAGGUGCUCGCCCGCGAAGCCCAGCGGCAUGUUGAAGCGUCUCGGUUGAAGGAGGCCAUGCGUGCUGACGGCUCCGCUCUGCUGCUGCUAGACUGGUGGGCAUAUCUGCUCCGAGCUGCGCUGCAGACGGAUGCGGAAGGUAUCGAACUUCCCGAGGCUGUUUCAGCGGUGAUGCGCUCCUCAGGUGAACCGAAAAAACCGGGCACGAUGCUAUCGACAACGGAGCUGGUAGUUGGGGUUCUAGAGCUGCUCGCGGACUAUGCAUUCUGGAUGGAUCUCUCGGCAAUUGUGGAGCGGUUUCAGCAACCGCUGCUCCAACUGGUAUCAAACGCAGCGGGGCAACACUGGCCAGUGACGGUGGUUUCGGCAGCAGUGACAGCUCUAGAGCGAAUGCUUUUGCGCAAAGUUGCCCAUCCGGGAGAGAAAGUACAUGUCUGCAAAUCGUUGCAUCUCGUUGAGCUCGUUAUGAAUGCGUCAAACGCUGAUUCGGAUGCUUUGCCUUCGUGGUCAUCCUUACUGGGCUCAUUGCUCAUGGAGCUGCUUGAACUUUACGAAACGAGUGAAGCGACGGUCAGCAACUGGGCGGCAAACGCGUUGCGAACGCUGCUGGAUGCGCUUCUGGGCGCGACAACAUCGCCAACAACGAACGCACAAGCGCUGCUGUUCAGUGCACCUGUACUCUCGGCAAUGUCGAGUUUGACGCGAAGACUGCAAACUGUCGACUGGGACGCUCUCAGCAGAAGGCUGUUAACGGCGAUCCUGCAACACCUUCUGGCCCUGGAAACCAACGAGCGCGAUACUUCAGACGCCGCCACCAGUGAACCGAACGGCGUACGCACCGACGUGCCGUUGGCCUCAGUCCACGAGGCACCGACUCUUGCGAGGGAUCAGGUAAGCGACGCGGUGAGUCAGCUGAGUACCAGCAGUGACGAUUGCUCCACCGAGAUCAUGAGCGUACUGGGUCAUGUGGUGAAACGUUCCCCGACAUUGGUGCUAGAAACACUGCAACAACUGCCGGCCCGACGGCUGCAAGCACGUCUGCUGCUCGAGCUCGCGAGCAGCUUCCCGGAAAACGCCCGCGAACUUGUGCUGGAGAAUGCUCGCCAGGUGCUCAGUGAUCCGGUGAUGGAUUUGGUCUACUUUGAUGUGGUUGCACGUUUCGGUGCGGUGCUGCUACCAAAGUCGCCCCCGCUGUAUGCGUACGUGUUGCCGAUGCUCGUCUCUUCGCUCCAGUCGGAGAGCACUCGUCUGCGCGAGCAUGCUGCGAAUACCUGUGUGCGACUGGUGCAGGCGCUCCGCGAUGUGCUCCCGCGCGACCCUGAACACAUCCGCGAGCAAGCCGGGGUCGUUGCCGCUGCUCCGGUCGCUGCAACAGGAACACGCCGCGAACCCUCGCCCGCAGACAGCGGCAUCCCAGCGGAUAGCGCGACCCGCGUGGCGACUGGCUGGAAAAGCUUAUUGCCAGAGCGUGUGCCUUCAGCAGCGCUGUCGUCGAUGCUCAUUCAGAACGGACGUUUCCGGGUAGAGUACCUGCUGCACCAUUUCCAAGACCUGGUGCAUCUGGACGGCCAGGACCCCGAUCUGAACCUGGUACAGUUACCACUGGUGGAGUGCAUCUCGCUGCUGAUUUCCAGUGAAGCACUCUCCGCCGAUACCCGCCUCCAUUACCUGGAAAGUUGCCUCGUUCCCAUGCAUAGCAGCGGCCUCUUUCGCAGCGCAUCCGGUUUGCGUGCAGUACUCCACCUGAGCAAGGGCUUUUCUCCGGCCCAGUGCCAGCAGGACGUGCGUCUGAGCCAGAUCUGGUUGACCUGUCUGGACUGGGUCCUCGAAGCAGCUCCAAGUCCAGCCUAUGGGCUGGACGCAGACGCACGUCCGCUGCUGCACCGACUUGCGGAGCUGCUGUCGGAGCCGCAAACAGGCGACCGCAUCGCCACAUUCAUCGAGACGCGUCUGGAGCUCGGCAGAGAAGCGCUGCCGCUUGAACAGGAUCUGCAGGCACUGGUGCUGUUAGAGAAUCAACUAUGUGAUCGCUUUCAGACGGCUUGUGUUUCCAGUCAGCGACGCCUUUUCGAGCCGCUCGUGCGAGCACUGCUCUCCUGGUUUCCGCUGCUUCCAGCGGAUGCGCCCGCAGAGUCGACUGAUGGACGAUUACCUAACGUGAGCACUUCUCGAGGUGCUCCCAGCGGUACUCCGGUGCUUUCGGAAGAGGCACGCGAGCGCUACACAUUGCGCAAUCUCUUCUACACGUACUUGGGCCAACUACUGAACAACGGCCUCGCGUCGAUCAUUGUGGAUGAUACACACCAAGGGCUGUGGCCGUGUCUGCUGCACGUUGUUGUCGCUGGGGCGGUUGGCAUCCAUUUCCAGUCGAUCGAGCUGGUUGCUCGUCAGUGGCAGCCGACGGGGCCGCCAGCGAUGCUCCCCGAACCCGAAAGCGCAGCACUAACCCGAGCGGCGUUGAGUGUUCUUCGGCGCUUCGCUGAGCACUGGGCCGGAAGCGGCACGGUCCCGUCGCUCGAUGCGGCACUCUUGCAGGCGCUUCCCGAGUUGUUCCGUUGUGCGCCCGCUGCAGUCUGUCGCGAGAAUGUUGAGCUCCAGAUCGUGUUGCUAACGCGUCUCCCCCAAGUUGAGCGCGUCCUUGAGCUGAUUCUGGAGGAGGCAACUUCCCGCGGUUGUGCAGCGUCCACCUGCAUGCAAUAUCUACGCAUACUCUCGCAGUUCUCACAGCUUCGCCGCGAACGCGAGCGACGAGGAAGCGCGUUCGACGGCAUCGACAGCAAACAGACUGCAGCGGUGUUGCCGCUACUUCGACAGCUGGUUCAGACGUUCAGCAGUUCGGACACGGAUCAGGCGUGA